AUUUUUUUACAGGUCUAUCGACUUGAAAUAGGAUUUGAACACAUGAAAUAUUUACAUUUGUUAGUUAAUUUUCAAAUUUGGAACGUUUAUUUCUAUUUCGUUUUCUCAUCGACUUGACGUUUAACAGACAACACAUAUCAGGUAUUGCAACAUGAUUGCCGUUAAAAAUUCGUGACGUUGGCAAAUAUUAAAAUGGAAAAUUUACGAAAAUGUUCUUUGUGUUUGGAUUGUGACGAUGAAGAAGAUGCUUCUGUGUUUUGUAAGCAGUGUAAACAAUAUUUAUGUACAGAUUGCAAGGAAGAUCAUUUCGUAAUUCCUGACUUACAAAACCACAAUCUCGUUUCUGUCGAGGAAGGGGUUUCGUUAGAAGAACAUAAGAAUUGUGACUUAUGUAUAAAACGGGGAAAGACUAUAAAUGCGGUGAAAAGAUGUGUUGACUGUAUGUUACUGUUAUGCCAUCGAUGCUCCCGCAGGCACUGUGUAAAUACAAAAACCCAAACCCAUACACAGGUUGAUUUAUCAGCACACCCAGGCGAUGAUGUAGGAAAUAGCAGAUCGAGUAGUGAGUGUUCAUCAUACAGUGAAUUGUUAGAGACCAGUGAUCAAGAUCAUGAGGUCAGUUGCAGUGGUAUGAACGUUGAAACUGCGUAUUACAUUCGUUUCGUUCUUCUCCUUAUCAAAGGUGGAACGCGUGUUCUUAGAAACUUAUUGCUCAUGUGUUUAGAGAAAAAGAAAAUAACCCUUGAACAUUUUCUCAGGUCCUAUAAAAAAAUAAUUCAAGCAUCACAAUACGUCAAACGAGAGCAGAUGGAAAUUUUGUACCCGGACCCACCAAAGACUUCAGACAUAAGGGAAUGGGAUAUACAACUCCUAUGUUUCAUUUUAAUAGAGUAUUUUAAGGGAGAAUUGAACACUCCGGAGGAGCUCGCUGUCAAGAAAAUAAGAGAAAUGCGGAAUGAUUUCUACGCACAUUACGCAAAAGCUUGUAUUGACAGAAAUACAUAUUAUUCGCUAUGGAGUGAACUUUCAUUAAUUAUGACAACAAUAGGAGCAAAGAUGCCGGAGUAUGAAAAAGAAAAGAACGACAAUCUGAUAAGUAAACUAUGCAGUACAAAGCUAGACAUGAAUUCUGCAACUAUGGAAAUAAGGAACCUGAACGAUUCAGACGAAUUUAUUAAUAAAAUAAAACAAUGUCUCAACAAUGUUUUUGGCAUGAAUCUUCAUAUUAUCAAACAGGAUUUAACUGAAAUAAAAGACGCCUUGAAUAGUUUGAUAGUUUUAAGAAAGGAAGAAACAAGUGAGCAAAAGCAUGCAAAAAUUGUGAACACGGUGUAUGGAGCUGUUCAUGUCUAUGCCAGGACACAGAACAUUGUUGAAAAAGCUGAAGCUCAGCUCCUUGCAGCAUCAAAUCAAAGCACCGACGGAACUGAAGUAACAGCAAACAAAGAGCUUUCUGAAAAUUUCAACAAACUUAAAGAAGACAUUGAAGAAACUGGAGUGAAUUUAACCAGAGGAGAUCGGGGCUCUAUAAUAUUUACAUUUGAAAGUCAUUCUGCGCAUGCUUUAUUAAAACUUAUAGAGUUUUUUGAAAGUACGCGCAUGAAAACUCACCUGCAAGAUAUAUCCAAAAACCUGCAAAACAUAUUGGGAGAAAAGAUUAAUCUAACUGCAUACAUUCUUCGUGACUCGCUGUUUGAAGCAUUAAGGCAGAUGAAAUGCCAAACGCACGAAGGAACUGUUUGGUUCAAUAUGAAAUGUACAGGAAUCGAAGGUCUUCAGCAUGCUUUGACAAUGUUUGAAGAAGGGGGAGCCUCAAAUUAUUUAAAUAAGAUGUCAGAGAUUCUUACACACAGCAUUGGCGAAACUAUCACUUUGGAAACAUCCAUUGAUAUUGAACAUUUACAACGUGUCAUAAUCAUAACAAAGCAACAACUUGCAUUGCCAAAUUGCAGUAGAUUUAUAGAAGACAAUGCUGAUAAUGGUGAAAUCACCAAUAGAGCUAAAAGAGCAAGGCAGAAUGUUAAUGAUGAUGACGAAAAGAGUGCCACUCGGGAUAAAUUAGAGACAUAUGUUUCAAACAGAUCGAAAUCAUAUCCAGAAACAGGAAAAGAUUAUAACGUUUAUUUGGAAAAGAUUGAAAAUGAUCGGCCAGGUAAACCAGAAGCGUCAGAGAUCUCCAGUGACACGGUAAACAUUGCAUGGAAAUCACCAUCGAAGUUUGGUAAAGAAGAUUACUACCAAAUAUAUUAUACAACUGAUAUGGAAGACAGGAAACGUAAAUGGAAAAAGUUUCAGGUUGAACCAAAUUAUCAUUCCGCUACAUUAUCAGAGUUGAAGACGAAUACAACUUACAUCUUUCGUGUCAAGGCCGUUUAUGAUGACGAGGAAGGGCCUUACAGUCCGGAAAGUGAUAGAAUAACUACGUCUAAAUCACUGGCUCUUCGUCUUUUGAAUAAGGCCAUUAAAAUUGAAGACGGAAAACAACCCCCUUACAAGUAUAUUCUACCAAUGACUGAAAUAAUAUCAGCAAGAAACGAAGAAAAUAAAACAAAAAAAUAUGAAAUAGGUGUGGCAGCAAAAGGAUAUGUUAAAUCAAAAACUAUUUUGUUGGUCGGAGCUACAGGAACUGGAAAAAGCACACUUGUUGAUGGCAUAGCAAACUAUGCUCUCGGGGUUAAUUGGGAAGACCCAUUCAGGUUCUCAGUCUUAAACCUAGAAGAACAUGAGAAAAAGCGAUCUGAAAAUCAGGCAAUAAGUCAAACAGAUUGGAUAACAUGCUAUACAAUAAAUCAGGAGCCAGGAAGCCGUCUCGCAUAUCAGCUAAAUGUAAUAGACACACCUGGAUUUGGUGACACUGCUGGUCCAAUUCGGGACCAAAAGAUUGCAGAUCAACUCCGUAAACUCUUUGAAGAGGAAAAAGAGCCCAAAGGGGUGACAUAUAUUGACGCUGUUUGUUUUUUGGUAAAAUCUCCAGACGCUCGUUUGACAGUUUUCCAAGAUUAUAUAUUCAAGUCCGUUAUGGCUUUAUUUGGAAAAGAUAUGGAAAGCAACAUUUAUUAUUUCAUUACAUUUGCAGAUAACAAAAAUCCGCCUGUACUUGCAGCGAUGUCAGAGAUAGGUUUGCCAAAAGGGGAAACAUUUUUAUUUAAUAAUUCUGGUUUAUUUGAAACAAAUACAUGCAAGGAUACCACAAAUGCAGCGUCGUUAUUUUGGAGAAUGGGUUUGCAAAGUUAUCGCGCUUUUCUUGAAUAUAUUGCUCGGUUACAAUCCAGAAGUUUACAGCAAACAAAAGAUGUUCUUGAUCAACGAUAUAAAUUAGAAGGAACAGUAACGCAACUACAACCCUUGCUUGACUUAGGUCUUUCAAAGGUUUAUAGCUUAAAGCAGGAAAAAAAGAUUUUGGAAGAAAACUACAGCAAGAUAGAAGACAAUAAAUACUUUGCUUAUGAAGUAGAAGAGAUUAAAAAGGAGAGGCGAGAGCUACCUAGUGGUGAACGUGCAACUCAGUGUUUAAAUUGCAAUCUCACCUGUCAUGACAAAUGCGCAAAUGAACAUGAUUUAAAAUUUGAAUGUAUUGCGUUUGAUUCAGAUGGUUAUUGCAUGAAGUGUCCAAAUAAAUGUCAUAGAGAAACACAUAAAAGCACAACAUAUAAAUUAGACUAUGUUUCUGUCAAAGUAAAAAAAGAAUACGACAAUAUGAGGCAAAAGUAUAGAGAAGCGUCAGGUAAAGCCUUGACGCAAGAGCAAGUGAUAGAUAAGCUUGUUCAAGAACUCGAAAAGACUUCCAAAGAUAUUAAAUACUUGAUGUUUGUGGUAAAGUCAUGCACAGAUAAGCUUUCAGAUAUUGCUCUAAGACCAAACCCAUUGAAUAUGACAGACUACAUUGACUUAAUAAUAGAAAACGAAACAUAUGACAGAAAAGAAGGGUUUCAGGAAAGAAUAAAGGUUUUGAAAGACUUUCGUAAAAAGGCUGGAAUCGAAAAGGAAUUUGAAAGAUUCAGUGAAGAGGCAGUUCAAAUACUUAAAAACAUUGAAAAAAGCAAAGCUGGUUUAUUCGUCCCUGACUUUGAAAUGGCCAAAUCGUUGCUAGAUGGAGAUUAAUAAUCAGCUGUAUAAAAACUGUCCUAACAGAAAAUUAUAGACACAAAUUCGUUUUAAGUUCAUGUGUAAGAUUCUUUACCUUCAGAAUAUUAUAUAAAUAACACAUUGGUUUGUGGGUAACAGUAAAAAAUAUCAUCCCGAGGAAAAUACUGAGGCGUAGCCGAGGGUAACAGUAUUUUCACGAGGGAUGAUAUUUUUACUGUUACACAUAAACCCAUGUGUUAUUUAUUUUAUUACCCCGAACAAAUACUGAGAUGAUCUAAAUUUGUAAACUAAAUAUAACUGUAACAAAAAUAAACCAAUAGUAGCAAUAACUAAACUGUCCAUACCUUGCAAGUUUUAAGUGUAGUGUUGGCCUACUUGAGAAGCUGUUUUUCUUUUAUUUUUUAAGCAUGUUAUGAUAUCUACCAGUCAUAAACAUACAAUGAGCUGUGUUUAAUUUAGAAAACAAAACACUAACCCAUUUAUAAGGUUAUGAUCUGUGAAAUCUGAUCCUUCUGUAUCCUGAAUAUUCUUUGCACGGUUUUUGAAAAAGUGCAUUUACAGAAUAACGAUUAUAUCCUUCAGAUGUCUGUCCACCAACUCUAUCUGUAACGUUUCACUGAUUAAAAUAAUUAAUUAAUCCUUUGUUGCAUUCUUAAAUCGUCUGCAUGUUCCAGUUUGACACAAAAUUUUUCACAUUACAAUUACUUCCGUUGAAAACGGGUGUUUACUUUUUUGGCUAUUCAACAAAAAGAUAUUUUGUACGCAAAAAGAACUCUACUGUGUCACAUUGAAGGUUCCAUGAUAACCGCCGUAUGAACACAUCUGCGGAUGUUUCUAAAUUCAAAAUUUCACCAUUUUCGUGUUAAUGUUGAAUUCUGCUUAAGCCGGUGCUAGGGGGCGUGGACGGUAACUUGCACUUUCCAGUACCGUCCAUGAACAGGCUCAAUUAAACCGAGCCGGCAGCAUUUUCAAUUUUGUUGUGUUGGACUUUCUUUAAGGAUUCUUUUUUCUCUAUUCUACAGUAGGGUGCAAAGAACUAAAUUUUAUGAGAGUCGUAAUUACUUUGGUGAUUCCCUUGGCCCUAUCGUCGAAAAUUAGAAUGAAUCGAGAGAAAAAUGGCGGCCAUUUUAUUUCAUUUUAUUUAGAAAAUAGGCCACGUGACCACGUAACAGUACGAAUCACUCCCAGAGGCCUAUGGGAAAUUAACAUUACGAAAAAAGUGAGGGGUAAUAAACAUAAAUAUCAUUGACAAUCAUGGUAAAAAAAAUUAUUGUAUAAAUGUUUUGUUAUGUUGAAUUAAAUGCAAUAUUCUUAAUUUAUAUGUAAGAUACUCUGUUUAUUUAAAUUGUUUGAUAUACGUGUGUAUAAAUAAAUAUGAUUGC